GAUGGCGGCAGCUUCUUUUGGCAAACAUAAAUGCGGCGAUGACGGUCUAACUCCGUGAAUUAUUUGUCGCUUACGAGCACACUCUGCUCGCAGACUAUCUGUUACGAAGCAACUUUUUCCGAAUCAAACCGUUCAGCGCAAUGGAGUUUUGGGGUGUCGAAGUGCCGCCUGGCAAGCCUACUUCAUGCCCUCCAGGCGAUGGAAUGCACCUUCAUGUUUCACAGGCCGCUCUUGGAAAAAGCAAGGCCAAAAGCGGAAAGGAAAAUGAAAGGGUAAUCUUGAAGGUUCUUGUUGACGACAGUGAGAUUGUGCUGGGGACUCUUUCCGAGGGCAAGUGCGACCAAAUGCAACUGGAUCUUGUUUUUGAUAGAGAGUUCAAGGUUUCUCACAGCAGCAGCUCUUCAAGUAUCUACUUAUGCGGAUACCGAACUGAAUGUCCAGAAGAGUAUGACUCUGAAGAUGAGCAUGAAGACGAAGAAGAGGACGACGAAGAGGAUGCCAAUGUGCCUGCGGCGGUUCCAAUCGAGCACAAAGCGGGGAAGGUUAUCACGGAGGUGGCUGGUAAGGCAGCCACUGCAGCUGCAAAUGCUGUUCAGAAAGCUGUCAAGAAGCAAGUAGUCCAGGAUGAUGUUUCUGACGAGGAAGACGACGAGGAAGAUUCAGACGAUGACAUGGACGAAGAGGACGACGAGGACGAGUCUGAUGAGUCUGAGGAGGAAGAGCUCAAGGUUGAAGCACCCAAGGCUGAGAAGAAGAGAGCUGCAGCGGAACCGGCCACCAAGGUUGUCGAGAAGAAGUCUAAGACGGAUGCCUCUCCCAAGCCAGCAUCUGGUUCUGGAGGGAAGAAAGGAGUGAAGGGAGGGCAGGCGAUGCCUGUGGCCAAUGAGACUCCGAAAACCCCCACAGACAAGGGAGUGAAGCCAGCUAAGACACCGAAGGGUACUCCUACUGCCCCUCCAACCACACCUGUGUCUGAAAAGAAGUCUGGACAGUAUAAAUGCACGGGUUGUGACAGGACGUUUACCUCGGAGCUUUCUAUGAGCCAGCACAUUGCAGCCAAGCACAAAGCUUGAAUUUAGAAUGGCUACUCAAAUUUUGCAAUUGUAUGUGAUAAUGGUCGAAAGUUUGACCUCUCUUCCCUGGAGACAGUAACGGUUCAGUAACUUUUGAUAGAAACCGUUGUAGUAACUGAAUAGCGUAGGGGUGGUGUUUACAUUGAACAGUAGGCUCUUUGAGGAAACGCACCUAUUUAGAGGUUUUUCUGGUGUCCACGCAUGCAGACUGAGGUGGGAACUGCUAGAUUAAUCUACGGGAAGUUUUGAUAUAACACGGUUGCUGCUGAAUAGUUCUGGGUAGCCAGUGUAGAGAUGCAUCAACUACGGAUCAAACACGAGUCAUUUUCUAGUGUAGAAAUUUUCAACUACACUUCUGAAUAUGAGAUAUUUUGUUCAAUGUCUUCA